AAGAAGUUGUUUAGGAAAGUUUCAUGGAAGAGCCACACUGCGUCUCCGUUCGGCUUGGUGACACCAAGAACUCCGAUAUUAGCUUGGAAGUCGAAGCUGGAUGCGACUUUACCAAAGAUGGAUCCGUCGAUGUUUUCGGAAAUCCAGCCAGGAGAUCAUCCACAGGCGGCUGGAAGUCUGCCAAGUUUGUUCUAGGCUAUCAAGUUCUCGGGACUAUAACGUACUUUGGAGUCGCUACAAAUCUGGUUCUGUACUUGAUGAAGUCGCUGAAUCUCAGCAACGGUGCAGCAGCAAAUGCAGCAACUAAUUGGGUGGGAACUUCAUAUGCAACUGCUUUGAUCGGGGCAUUCAUUGGAGACGCAUACCUCGGAAGAUACUGGGCUUCAGUGCUGUUCGUUGCCAUUCACUUCCUGGGGACGCUGCUUCUCACGGUCCAAUCCGCAUUACCAUCGUUCAGAUCCUUGUGCAGCUCGGGCGACGUAUCCAAAUGUCCCCCAGCAUCAGCCGGAAAAAGAACUUUCCUGUACACCGCCCUCUAUAUCUCGGCACUCGGAGCUGGAGGACACCAGCCAUGCAUGUUCGCAUUGGGGGCCGAUCAAUUCGAGGAUGGAUAUCCACCGGAAAGCCGGAACAAGAGCUCCUUCUUCAGCUACUUCCUCGUCGCAUCUUUACUAGGCUCGCUCUUCGUGACCGUGAUCUUGUCAUACGUGGAAGUAAACCACAGCUAUGCCAUCGGCUACGGCAUUUCCACUCUCGCUAUCGGACUGGCAGGACUUACGUUCAUAGCCGGUAUCACGUCCUAUAGGCACUUCAGGCCGGGAGGAAAUCCGUUUCGUCGUGCCAUUCAGGUUGUUGUAGCAGCUGUUAGAAAAUGGGAAGUACCUGUACCGACAGACAGUUCCCUUUUGCACGAGGCCAGUUCCUCGGACACCGUUGGGAGGCGAAUUUUCCACAGUAACCGCCUAAGCUUCCUUGACAAAGCGGCAACGCGAACGGAGCAGGACCAUGGUGGUGAAGUCAGCCGAUGGAAGCUGUGCACUGUAACUCAAGUCGAAGAGGUCAAGUGUAUCGUCCUGAUGGUGCCUCUCUGGAUCAGCUCCUGUAUAUACCAGAUGGUUGAAGCUCAGGUGACCACCACGUUUGUCGAGCAAGGCGCUUGCAUGGAUAACAAGUUUGGACUGCUGCACCUGUCACCGGCGUCGCUCUACACUUUCUACACUCUAGCAGUCAUCGCCGCCACUGUUCUGUACGAGAAGCUUCUCGUCCCAAGUCUACGAAAGGUGACUGGAAACCAGAGAGGUAUAACCAUCCUCCAAAGAAUGGGCAUCGGAAAUGUCAUCCUGAUAGUCGCUAUGAUGGUGGCUGCUGGAGUUGAAAGGAAACGGCUUCAGGUAGUACGAGAACACCACCUCGCCGCUGAUGCCGUCUCGACUGUUCCCAUGACAAUCUUCUGGCAAGUGCCGCAAUACGUCUUGUCUGGUUUAGCGGAGGUUUUCACGUACGUAGCUCAAACCGAGUUCUUCUACGACCAGGCCCCGGACGGCGUGAGAGGGAUCGGGAGUGCGUUGUCAAUGGCCAGUGUCGCUGUUGGCAACUACCUCAGCACACUCACAGUGACCGUUUUGAACGACGUCACGCAACAAGGAGAGUGGCUGCCGCGGAACUUAAACCAAGGCCGCCUCGAUCUCUUCUUCUGGGUGAUGGCAGGAAUCUCGGUUCUAAACUUCGGUUACUUCCUGAUCUGCGCUGUCACCUACAGAUACAUCAAUGUUGAAAAAUCAGCGGAAUAGAAUAGGAAAGCUCCAAAAAAUAAACUUCCUCACGUACAAAACAGCAAAGUCGCGCCUGCCGCUGGAAUGUCCCUACAGAAAAGGAUGCGGCCAGAAAAACAAAGCCUGUCAGUAGAAUGGUUGUUCACCUGCGAUAGAAAAUCGGUGACUGGUGCUCCAGAAUUGAAUUAAAAACGAGGUCUGCGCUGUCGUAA